UUUUCUAUAUAAAGAUCAUCGUGAUAAUCGGGGGCCUUCAUUCGGUGAUCAAGAUGGCUAAGUAUCAGCAUGCUGUCGUCAGUAGUGCUCUCCUCGUCCUGUGCCUUUCUCGCUCAACGUGGCAAUUACGCGCUGACAGUUGCGAAAACGAGAAGAAAGAUGGCGCCACGCGACCAAACGUGGUGCUUUUCUUUGCCGAUGAUGUCGGCUAUGGAGAUUUGGCUGUGUAUGGCCACCCGACCCAGGAAUGGAAUCGAGUCGAUAAGUUAGCUACAGAAGGAAUACGUUUUACACAGUGGUAUUCCGGUGAGAGUGUGUGCACACCAAGUCGAGCAGCUCUUCUUACCGCUCGCCUACCAGUUCGUACGGGUGUGUACGGCCAUCAGCGGGUGUUCUUGACAUGGAUGACCUCGGGACUUCCCAAAGACGAGGUUACACUGGGCGAGAUCUUCCAACGGGCUGGCUAUUCUACCGGCAUGGUUGGAAAAUGGCAUCUCGGCGAGAAAGCAACCACGUGGGAAGGGGGCUUCAGAGUGCCGGCUAUCGUCUCGUGGCCUGCAAAAAUUCCACCUGGUCAAGUGUCCAGCGCCGUGGUCACGACAAUGGAUAUCAUGCCAACAUUAGCCGAUCUCAUCGGAGAAUCAAUGCCCAGCGACCGCGUCAUAGACGGUAAGAGCAUCGUCGAUAUUUUGCUACGCGGGUCGCAGACGAGUCCGCACGAACUCAUCUAUUUCUACUGCAACGAUCGGCUCUCCGCCGUCCGCUAUAGAAACCACAAGGUGCACUUCUACACUUGCCAAGAAACCACGGACGCCGAGUACAAGGAGGAAUGUCCCGGCGGAGUACCGACGGACCCGACGUGGUGUUGCAAGUGCAUCGACUGCGUUGGCAGCAGGUUCACUGAACACAGUCCGCCCAUCGUAUUCAACCUCAUCGUGGAUCCCAAAGAAAUAUGGCCGUUGCCACCGUCAGAGGCGCUGCGGUCGUUGUUAGCUGACGUAGACGCUCUAGUGACGCAGCACCUGGCAACGGUAACAACCGUACCACCGUUGUUGACGGACGAGUGGCGAAACGAUGACGUCAUCCCAUGCUGCGAGCCGCCCUCGUGCGAAUGCAAUUAUCCAUAGUAAUAAUUGUCAUUAAUUAGAGUUUGAUAUGAAACUGAAUGUUUACUUAAGUUCUUGCCAGGGACCCCCACCGCCUAUAAGUUUAUGCUGUGUUCUACGCGUAUCAUUUUAACGAUAAUGUAUAAUUAGCUCCUCGUCAGAUGUAAUAUGUCAGUAAUAUUGUAAUAAUGUUAUUGUAAUAUUGUAAUAAUAUUAUUAUUGUAAUAUUGUAGUGUUAUGCUAAUAUUCUAAUAUUAUAGUUUUAUCAAAUUUCGUUAUACAAGCAUCAUCUAAUAAAUUAACGCGUUCAUUUUUUU